AUGGCAGCGGACUCUGAGCCUGUCGGCGCUGCGCCUCACAAGGCAUUUGAUACGAUACUGACUCUCGACUUUGGUAUCACUCGCCGUCUCCGAGAGCUGAAUGUCUUCUCAGAGAUGCUCCCAUGUACCCAGAAGAUCUCUGAGCUCGACUUCACUCCUAAAGGAAUCAUUCUUUCUGGUGGCCCGUAUUCGGUCUAUGAUGCAGGGAGUCCUCAUGUAGAUCCCGCUAUUUUCGAUUUGAAUGUUCCUAUCCUAGGAAUUUGCUACGGUAUGCAGGAGCUUGCAUACCGCGCAAGUCCAGAUAACGUCAUUGCUGGCACGCACCGCGAAUACGGUCAUGCUACUCUCAAGCCGCAAGUGAUCAACAGCCACGUUGACCGUCUCUUCCAAGGGCUCGAAGAACCUAUGCAAGUAUGGAUGAGUCACGGCGACAAGCUGGCAAAGCUUCCCGAGGCUUUUCAUACCGUGGCUACCUCUGACAAUUCCGAGUACGCUGCCAUUGCCCACGGUACUAAACCCAUCUACGGCAUACAAUUCCACCCCGAAGUUACCCACACGCCGAAUGGCACCAAGCUCUUGGAAAACUUCGCCGUUGGCAUUUGCGGCGCUACGCAAACCUGGACCAUGUCCACGUUUAAGGACCAGGAGAUUGAGCGAAUCCGUAAACUCGUCGGCGAAAAGGGUCAGGUUUUAGGUGCAGUCAGCGGUGGUGUUGAUUCCACCGUAGCCGCCAAGCUUAUGAAAGAGGCUAUAGGAUCAAGGUUCUGGGCAGUCCUCGUUAACAACGGCGUCAUGAGGCUCAAUGAGUGUGAGCAAGUGGAGAAGGAUCUUUCAGAGCACUUGGGAAUCAACCUGAUUGUCGUGGACGCUUCGCAGCAGUUUCUAGACGGGUUAAAGGGCAUCGAGGAUCCAGAGAAAAAGCGGAAGUUCAUCGGUGGCAAGUUUAUCGAUAUUUUCGAAGCAGAGGCAAAGAAGAUCGAGGACGCUGCUGCCAAUUCCGACAAGGCUGGCAAAAUCCAGUUCUUCCUACAAGGCACCCUCUACCCCGACGUGAUUGAGAGCCUCUCCUUCAAAGGUCCAUCUGCAACAAUCAAGACUCACCAUAAUGUUGGCGGCCUACCGGAGCGAAUGACGAACGGGCAAGGCCUAAGCCUCAUAGAGCCCCUUAGAAUUCUCUACAAAGAUGAAGUGCGUCAGCUUGGCCGAGCUCUCGGAAUACCAGAGCAACUUGUGAUGAGACAUCCAUUCCCGGGUCCCGGAAUUGCCGUUCGAAUUAUAGGCGAAGUGACUCCUGAAAAGGUCGAGAUUGCUCGCCGCGCAGAUAAUAUUUUUAUUUCCGAGAUUCGCAAGGCUGGACUAUACGACCAGAUCUCCCAAGCCUUCGCCGCACUUGAUCCAAGUCGUGCCGUAGGAGUCAUGGGGGACAAGCGUGUCUACGGGUAUAUCAUUAUCCUUAGGGCUGUUACAACCACCGAUUUUAUGACUGCCGAAGCUUUUGAAUUCCCUUGGAAGUUCCUCCAGCGCGUUACAAAUCGAAUUAUAAACGAAAUCGACGGAGUGUGCCGUGUUACUUAUGAUGUCACCAGCAAGCCUCCUGGAACGAUUGAGAUGGAUCGAGAACUAGUAGAGGACUUCAUAUUAACAAGGGUGCUGGAUCGCUGGUGGCGCAUCCCGGUAUUGUUAAAAGCGGCCCCCUUGAAAAGCGUGGUAACUUGGGACAUUAUGCUUAGUUGGCUAAAAGCAGCGCGUCGAGACAUUCAUUCAUUCAGCCGCGAGUCGAAUCCAGGGGUCGAGGGGUCAAGGGAUCAAGAUGUUGGACGGAUUGCUAAUGCUGCUCGUGCUGAGCGUGGUGAUGGCUUUGGCCUCGUUCCUCGCCGGCGCACUACCUCUGUCUAUGACCCUCUCCUCGUCGCAAUUGCGAUUGAUCUCGACGAUUGGAAUGGGGGUGUUGGGUCGGGAGUACAUUCCAACACUCGGAGGGGUCUACAACCCCAAUGGAGAGGGGCGCAAAGCUCAUGGCCCAACGCCGGCCUGGCUGCUAUAAUUGUAUCGAGAACGGAGGACCCCGUCCUGGGCCCAAGGGACGCUGGAGAUAUCGAGCUUAGAACCCUUCUGGAUUCUGCGACAUUUAUAGAUAUCAAUAAGAGGGAUUCAUCUGCGGCGACUUCAUCAUCUCCAAGCGCAGGGGAGACUAGCCCGCCUGGAGAAUCGAAGCCCCAGCCGCCUUCCCCAGCCGAUGGAAAGGAGGAACACCACGAUGAGAGGAGUGCGCCCACGUUUUAUGUCGGCCUCUCGUUGAUCUUGGGAUUUAUUCUCAUGUUCCUAGUCGACAAGCUUCCUAGACAUGCCUCGGAAAACCUACAACCUCCACCUCCUACUCGACACAUCUCCCUCGACAACUUGUCCAUGGGGUUAUCAUCAAAUUCAUCCAGUAGGGAUGUGGAAUCUGAAAGCUUCCUCCACUCCCUUACCCCGUCUCCAAAACAAACUCGGAGUUUGGCCACGACAACAGGACUUGUGAUCCACGCUGCUGCUGAUGGGAUAGCCAUGGGGGCAUCGGCAUCGACGUCAAAUACAAAGCUAAGCUUCAUCAUAUUUAUUGCCAUCAUGGUGCAUAAAGCGCCUGCAGCUUUUGGCUUGACAUCUGUCUUGCUAAAGCAAGGCCUUUCAAAACGUGCUGCUCGGGGACAUCUGAUUAUCUUCAGUUUAGCAGCACCCUUUGGGGCUCUUAUGACGUGGCUCCUGGUUAAUAUUCUAGGAGGCAGUCAUAUCGAAGGGGAAACAGGGCAAUGGUGGACUGGUAUGCUGCUGCUAUUUUCCGCCGGAACAUUUUUAUAUGUUGCGAUGCACGCGAUGCAAGAAGAUUCGGGGAGCUACGCCCAUGACCAUUCAGGACCCAAUGGGUACGCUGAUGGGGGGAGCUCACAACGAAACAAGCCCAAACCCCAGAUGAGGGACACGUUUGCGGCAGUUGGUGGAAUGCUGCUACCUCUCCUUACGCAAAUAGGCCAUCACCACUGA